AUGGAGGUCGCCGAUAUCGUCGCCAGACCGGUCAAGGAGUUCGCCAAGGACAGCGCGAGACUGGUGAAGCGAUGCACCAAGCCGGACGCGCGUGAGUUUUGGAUGAUUGCUCGACGAACGGCGACCGGGUUCGUGAUCAUGGGGUUCGUCGGUUUCUUCGUGAAACUCAUCUUCAUCCCGAUCAAUAACAUCAUCUUGAGCUCGUAG